AUGGACGCCUCCCCGGAAUGCUGCACUGCCUUGUUAGUGUUCGAUGCCUGUCAGUCUCCCGCCGCCUUGCCCGCGCGUCGCCGCCAGAAACCCCACGUCAAGCCUCCGUCUAUCUCCCUACCUCGUCCCUCGACUGUUCCCGACAACCGCAAGCACUCUGUCGUCGAAAAACGCUGGGCCAGCCAUGGCUCCAGACUUGUUUAG